AUGCUGUCCAAGCUGGCCUUUUUCCUCGCUUCUUCCAAUGUUGCUCUCGCUGCACCAAGUCUCGACCCCCGUCAGGCAGUAACCAUUGCCGUGGACUCCAGUAAGACAUUCCAAACGAUUGACGGUUUCGGUAUCUCCGAGUUCUACGGUCGCGCUGGAAACAUCAAGUCUCUGGCAGCUUCUGCCCAGAAGCAGACCCUUGACCUGCUCUUCGAUCCUACUACCGGCGCUGGCUUCAACAUCCUGCGCAACGGCAUCGGCUCUGGCCCAUCUAGCGGCUUCUCUAUUGAGCCCAACAGCCCCGGAUCGCCCACUGGGACACCAAAGUACCAGUGGGAUGGCUCCGACAACAACCAGGUUUGGUUGACGAAGCAAGCGCAAGCCCGUGGCCUCAAGACCAUUUAUGCCGAUGCUUGGUCUGCUCCUGGGUUCAUGAAGACGAACGGUAAAGACUCAAACGGAGGAAGCCUUUGCGGUGUCGAUGGCACGUCCUGCGGCAACUGGACCCAAGCUUACGCUAACUACCUCACACAAUACGUCAAAUACUACAAGCAAGAGGGUAUUGACGUGACCCAUCUCGGCUUCUUGAAUGAGCCCGACUACACCACCGCCUACUCCUCCAUGCGAUCGACUGGUCAACAGGCCGCCGACUUCAUCAAAGUUCUCGCCCCAACCGUCAAGGCCUCUGGUCUGAAGGUGAAGCUCACCUGCUGCGACGCCACCGGGUACAACGCUCAGAAGGCCAUGCUUCCAGGACUCGCUGCAGUCGAUUCCCUAUACGACGUCGUCACCACCCACGGUUACAGUUCCGACCCCACAGCCCCCUUCGCUACUUCCAAGCACAUGUGGAUGACUGAGACUGCGGAUCUCAGUGGCAAGUGGACAGCCAGCUACUACACCAACGGCGGUGCCGGCGAAGGUCAGACCUGGGCCAGCAAGAUCUACACUGCUCUCGUCGACGCGAACUUCUCGGCAUACCUUUACUGGGAAGGAGCUGAGGACGCCGGCACCAACCCGACCAACUCCGUUCUCAUCGACAUUCACGGUGGAGUUGUUGCGCCUUCCAAGCGCUUCUGGGCUAUGGCACAGUGGAGCCGCUUUGUCAAGCCUGGUGCCGUUCGCGUCAGCGCUGGUGGCAGGACUAGCACGCUCAAGACAUCCGCUUUCAAGAACACUGAUGGCUCAGUCGCUGUGCAGGUCUUGAACACUGGCGCGUCCGCAGCGACCGUCAGCAUCACUGGUGUCUCGGGCAAAGCGUCUGCAUUCAUUACCAACGAGAGCCACGGGCUUGAUGCGAUGACUGGAACCAGCGUGCCGGCACAUUCCAUGGUCACUUUCCUUUACAAGUAG